GUUGCGUUGGCCGCACUGAAAGCAACAGGAGGCAGAAAGUCACGUGCUCCACGCAUACAUUGAACUGCUGCUUUAAAGAGACUGGGACAAAUGCGCACACCAAUGCAUUCAAGUCUCUCUCAUUUUUCAAACGUAGCCGCUAGACAUGCAUGUCAGCCGCUAUGCAUCAUGCACCCCAAGCACUCACAGGGCAACAAAUGCCCUCUUGCAGUCGAGGGAUAUCAAGUUCAACAUGAAAAGCCACCUCCGAAGAUGGAGUAGCUCAGUCACAGCGCAGCCAUCAUCAAUAUCUAGUCAGACUAUAUUUUCUGGGAUUCAGCCAACUGGUGUGCCACACUUGGGGAAUUAUCUGGGUGCUUUGCGUGAAUGGGUCAGGCUACAGGAUAAUGCUACCGAGGGGACGAGGUUAUUCUACUCCAUAGUCGACUUGCAUGCCUUGACUAUACCACAAGACAGUUGUCAGUUGAAGAAGUGGCGGAGGGAGGCAUUUGCGACAUUGCUCGCUGUAGGCUUGAACCCCGAUCGCUCAACCAUUUUUUACCAGUCGGCUGUUCCUGCGCAUACUGAACUAUAUUGGAUCCUAAGUACAGUGGCUUCUAUGGGAUACCUGUCACGGAUGACUCAAUGGAAGAGCAAGUUGCAACUACCAGAAAACACAAACCUGGAGCAUUCGGCUGCCAGGUCUAAGCUGCGGCUUGGCUUAUUCUCUUACCCUGUAUUGCAGGCAGCGGACAUCUUAUUGCACAGGGCUACUCAUGUUCCUGUUGGGGAGGAUCAAAGACAGCACAUUGAGUUUUCCAGGUAUACUGCUAAUAGUUUUAACCACCUCUACGGCCAUAUUUUCCCAUCUCCAGAGGCACUCAUCUCACCUGCAAAGCGAGUUAUGUCUCUCAAAGAGCCCACCUUGAAAAUGUCCAAGUCGCAUGCCGACAGCCGAUCAAGAAUCCUCCUCACUGAUUCAUCUGAUGAUAUUCACAGGAAAGUUAAGGCUGCUCUAACUGACUCGGACACAAGCAUAACCUAUGAUCCUGUCCGUCGGCCGGGCGUGUCUAAUCUCAUAGAAAUUCUAAGCCACUUGGACGCAAGAUCGUGCGACGACUUAUCUUUGGAGUAUAAAUCGGUGAGCCUUCGAGCUCUGAAAGAAGACCUGGCAAGUCGAAUCUCAGGUCACCUGCAAGGAAUAAGAGAGCGGUACUAUUCGCUCAUGGAAGACAACUCUGGAUAUCUGGAUACUGUCGCAGAGCAAGGUGCCCAGGCUGCACGUGCCAAUGCCGAUGUGACUAUGAAACAGGUUAAGAAAGCCAUGGGGCUGUAAGGGCCAUUCAUCCUUUCUAUUAGGGCAUCCAUGGCUUUUCAUGACCUUUGCUUUCCCUAAUGAGCAGUGAAUAGUCCCGAUUAAGGCGAUAGGGCUAGCGUUUGCAUAUACGUAAACAUCAUGUAUCUAUACUGUAUUAUAGUUUUUUCAUACUCUCCCUAAAUCUUACAUGAUAUAGUAAAUCGGCCAUAUCAAAAGUAAGGGUCGGAGUCGCC